AUGGCUGCAGAUGGGGCGAUAAGACGUGGCCAGGCAGACGGCAGCACGAGACAGCUUCACUGGGGAGAACAGGAUGCGCCUAUAGAGUGUAGUGUCAUGCUCGUAUAUUACAGCUUCAGGACACUUUCAGAGGGUACGACGGCCAGACUGAAGGCAGUCGAUCAUCAUGAUAUCCAAGGAAGCAAAUGGCCUGUCGGUGCGAGCGCUGAUCAAGUACAAGGGAUACAAAGAGGGUCAGGUUGGCAUUUGACGAGCGAAUGGGAGGAUGGCUUCAGCAUGAUGGUGGAGGACGAGGGCGACGCUGUGAGGUUAAGUGGCCGGGUGCUAGCGGGGGUGGGCGCCAAAGCUGGGGAUCUCAAGUAA